AGUGAAGGGAAUCAGUGCUGGCCGUGCCUGAUGUAUAAUUUAUAGCCUUGUUGUGUAAAUCUAAAUGUGCAUCUAAAUAUCAUUAAGCAGGAAGAAACCUCUGGGUUAUUGAGAUGGAGUCUGAAGCGCUCUGGGCUGUACAUUGAACAUCAACUUUCCUUUGUGUUUCCUUCACCCACUGAGGUUUGAAAACGGCUCCUGUGGCUUCAGUCGACUGUACGCCUCACAAAGAACUUCACGUCCUCUGCUUUCCUUGUGUGGUUGAGGUUUUUCUUUUUUUUUUACAUUUUUUUAGUCCUAAAACCACAGGUAUGCAUAAUCCUGCACGGAUUUACGUCAGCUCACUUCUGCUGCUGCCUUGUUUUCUUCCCAGCUACAAAGGAGGAGUUGGAGUAAACAAGAUAAAGUUUCUUUAAUUUCCGCUGGCAAAACUAGAAAAACAUGCCACGACUUUCAUGCUUUCAUGCUGGGGCAAGUUUUUUUUUUUUUUUUUUUUUGAAUGGACACCCCCUCCACCCUGUUCCUCUUUUUUGUGAAUGAAAAACAACUGGAAAAUCAAGUAGAAAAGGCUCGCAGGCAGAAGGGGAAGCUGAUUGGCUCACGCGGGAAGGCCCCGCCUACGGUUGCUAGGAGCCGGCCGUUCGCCGGUCUGAUUGGCUCGUAGGGGGAACCGAGACUUCAUUCAUAAGUCGGCGCAUUCACCCGGACAAAACGGGGAAAUUCGAUCUCCUGCAAAGGAAAUCCACCAAUCCCGAAGCUCCACUGCGGAGCUGGACGAGAAGUCUGUGUAUUAUCACCAACGCGUGUGAUUUGAGCGCACAGCUGGCGUCGAACCUCCCACUUUCAGAAAGUUUCAGCUAUAAACUAUAAAGCUGAACAAACAAAACUUAUUGUUUAUGAGUAAAUAAAAACGGAUGAUAAAUCAAUGCUGGUGGAAGUGCGCCUGCGCAAGUUGAAAGCAGGUAUAGAGUGACACAGAUUUGUGAGGAGCCCCGCAGCCCGCUGGGCUGCGUGGAUCCCACCAACGCAGCCUAGAUGACCACAAACGGUUAACGGAUGGAUUAUAAGAUGGAUGGAUAUUUGGACCAGCAAGUGCCUUACACUUUAGCAAAUAAGUCGCAAGGAAAUGGGCCCCUAAAUAGACUGUUGAUGGCUGCAAAAAGGAAAUUCAUGGAUACAGAAUUACCCCCUCAGGAAUCUGAAGACCUCUUCCAGGAUUUAAGCCAACUUCAAGAGACAUGGCUCACAGAAGCUCAGGUUCCUGACAGUGAUGAGCAGUUUGUCCCUGAUUUUCACUCUGAGAACUCCGUGGCGUUCCACAGUCCUCCAGUCACCAUCAAGAAGGAACCGCAGAGCCCGGGCUCCGACCCCAGCCAGUCCUGUAGCCACAAACAGAGCUUCAGCUACCCCAGUGGAGAGCAGUGCCUUUAUGCCAGUGCCUAUGAGCAGAAAAGGGCUGCAGGAGGAGCGAAGAGCUCCUGCCCAGGAACCCCCAUCUCUCCUAUGCAACAGCAUUACUCCCCCAAACCCGCGGCAGCUGGACGGCCCGACGCCGGCUACCUGAACCCAGCUGCCACCUCGCAGCCCCUCCCCAGCAACAGUUACCAAAUCAACCCCAGUUCCAGGUUUCAGAGCCCCUCAGGAGACCCCAUAUGCCCCCCGUUCCCCCCACAAGGGCAGAUCUUCCCGCGCAUGCCAUCCGGACCGGGUGGACAUGGGAGCGGUGGGGGUGGAGGGCCAGGGGGCGGUGGUGGUGGUGGCGGCGGCGGCGGAGGAGGAGGUUAUCACCGGCAGCACUCUGACCCCUGCAUGCCCUACCUGCAGCAAAGCUUUAAGCAGGAGUACAUGGACCCGCUGUACGAGCGGGCCGCUCACAUGGCGGCGCCGGGACACGGGCCGGGACACGGACCUCACCCCCACCCACACUCCCACUUACACCGGUUCCCACCAGCCCACAUGAUGGUCAAGCAGGAGCCCACGGACUACACCUACGAGCCCGGAUUUUCAGAUGUUCCUGGAUGUCCCUCUAUGUACCACCACAAUGAGAGCUACCCUAACCCCCAACACAGCAAUGAAGGGUAUCUGUUUGAAAGUGACUCCCGUGUGGUUCCAGAGAAGUUUGAAGGGGAAGUCAAACAAGAGGGUGGUGGUGUAUUCCGUGAGGGCACACCGUACCAGCGCCGCGGCUCCUUGCAGCUCUGGCAGUUCCUAGUGGCUCUUCUGGACGACCCAGGCAACGCCCACUUCAUCGCCUGGACUGGCCGUGGCAUGGAGUUCAAGCUCAUUGAACCUGAAGAGGUUGCCAGGCUCUGGGGCAUGCAGAAGAACCGUCCAGCCAUGAACUACGACAAACUCAGCCGCUCUCUGCGCUACUACUACGAGAAGGGAAUCAUGCAGAAGGUGGCGGGGGAGCGCUACGUUUACAAGUUUGUGUGCGAGCCCGAGGCGCUCAUUUCCCUGGCCUUUCCCGACAAUCAGCGGCCCAGCCUGAAGGCCGAGUUUGAGCGAUACGUCAACGAGGAGGACACGGUGCCGCUGUCCCACCUGGAUGAGGGCGUGACCUACCCCCCGGAGCAGAACCCCCCAAACGUGGCUCCCCAACCCUACUCCAAAGGCUACAUGUACUAAAGCAGCUGCCGCUCGCCCCACCAGACAUCCUCCAGCCGUACCAACCCAACAUCCAUCUUCCACAAACCCCGCCUCCUCCCCGCCCCUUGCACACGUCCCCCCGCCCACUUGUACAUAAGGCUAUGGUGAUUUUGUUUUAAAUUAAUCUCAUUAGGGAUCUUUUUUUUUUUGUUUCUAAGAGCUGCAUUCCUCUCACACCCGAGGCCUACUCAAUACUUAAACAUGAAUGUGGUUGAAGAGGUUGCUUAAUAAUAAAGACCCAUGAUAAUAAUACUCAAA